GGAAAACCGUUUCUUAGUUUCACUGCUUUCCCUCUCCGCUGAGUAGAUUCAACUAUAAAAGGCUAUCUCCACUUGUUUUCUUUCACUGCCUUCCGGAUCUUCAUUGCUGCGUUACAUAUUUUCUUAUGCAACCGAUGAGAUUCACCUUCAAAUGGCUUGGCCAAUUAAUGAUUGCAUCACGUUGGUAAAAUCCACUUCAUAUUCUGGUAUCUGCAUUUUGUCUCUCAACCCCUGUAAUUGAGGAAGCUCAAGUUCUAAACUAGCUGAUUAUAUCAUUUUUGGUUUUUCUAUUCCAUAUUCUGCAAUCGCAUUCUCAACCUUCUUCAAAAACACUUGAUCAAGAAACAGUAGUUCCAUGCCCAGAAGGUAAUGAAUAUCUUUGAAGAAGAUAGAGUACACUGAAGCGUGCAGUCUGUGAAGAAGCCUUUCACCUAGCCCAGCAUUUCUCUUCGUCAUUUGGAGAAAGCACAAUACAUAAAAGCAAGAUUAAGAUUUGGUGUCCAUCGCUGUUCGGGCGUUUUGACGAGGAUGAGAGAGAAGAUGCAGGAGUAGAGGAGAAAGGGGACUAGAGGAAGACGAAGGGUACUUUUGUCUUUUUGAGUUGAUAAAAUUAACCAAAAAAAAAGGGGUGUAAUUGGUUGGAGUUGAAAGAAUUUUCCAACAGGUUGCAGUUCACUUCAAACCGGUUGCUCUUUCAUUGCCUUAAAUGCAGUGUGACGUGGUCCAAUAAACAAGCAGGUGUUUGUUGGAGAGUGCACAGGGCGACUGCCCCUGGCACUGCUCAUUAAACGAUCAAGAACUCUCUAAUGGACGCCAUAGGACCAAUCACAGGUAUUGUGAAGGAUGUUGUACCUACAGUUAAGAAAUAUGUCAAGUAUCAGAUAUGUCACAAUGAUUAUGCCAAUGAAUUCAAAGAAAUGCAAACACAGCUGAAGCAUCGACGGCAAGACAUUGAAAAAGGACUGCAUGCUCAGCUUAUGCAGCCUGGGAAGAUUGCAAAGGAGGAAGUUGAAGCUUGGCUAGAGAAAGCAGAACAAGAAACUGCAAAAAACAUGGUUGAAGAUCUAAUCUGCAAAGGGGACUGUUUCACAUAUAUUUGCUCCUCAAGAAAGCUCGAUAAAAGGACUCAAUCACUGACUGAAGGAAUAUUUAACCAAGGAGAAAGGUACACUAGUGCUGGUGACAGUUUGGUCGUAGAUACUCCUUCAAUUGAGUAUUGGGCAACUCCUGGAAAGAUUGCAAGCAUGGAAGUUAAAGACUGGUUGAAUAAAGUAGGCCAACAAAUUCCCAUAAAGGUUGAAGAUCUAAUCAACCAAGGGGGAUGCUCCUCUCUAUCCAACCUCAGGAGAAAAAUUGAAGAAUUGAAGCAAAUAUUUGAGCAAGGAGAAAAAUAUACUAAUGCUGGUGAGAGUUUGGUCACAGAUGUUUACUUAAGUGAGCGUGAUGCAACUGUAUUUAAAGAAAUGCAAGAGCAGUUGAAGCUUCGACAGAAAGACAUUAAGGCAAAAUUGGAGACUUCGCUUCAGCAGCCCAGAAAGAUGGCAAGCAAUGAAGUUAAAGACUGGAUGGAGAAAGCAAGCCAACAGAUUGACAUAAAGGUUGAAGAUCUGAUUAGCCAAGGGGAAUGUUCCUCUCCAUCCAACCUUUGGAAAAAAAUUGAAGAAUUGAGGCAAAUACUUGAGCAAGGAAAAGAAUUCACUAAUGCUAGUGUGAUUUUGGUCAUAGAUGAUCACUCAAAGAAAGGAGUUCCACUACUUGUUGAAGAAUGCAGGGGCAGGGAUGAUAUACAAGUUCAAAUUCUGGAAUGGUUGAAGGGAGAUGAGGUUACAAGAAUUGCAGUUUCAGGAAUGGGCGGUGCGGGCAAGACAACAAUUAUGAAGCAAGUCCACAACCAACUCUUGAAAGAGCCCAAAUUUAACGAAAAAAGGAUUGCAAGUAGCUUUGAACCACAAUUGGAGCUAAGGGAUGAUGAUAAUGAAACCAAGAAUGCAGGAUUGGUUUCACAAAAGUUGAGGCAGGGCAACUCUGUGGUAAUUCUAGAUGAUGUGUGGCAGCAAUUUUGUCUAGAAGAUGUUGGAAUUCCUAUUCUAGAUGGAAAUAAUGGUUGCAAGUUAGUACUCACGACGCGGUUACAAGAUGUUGCUCGUGCAAUGGAGUGUGAGGUGAUCUCUGUGAAUCCUCUUCCACCUGAGGAAGCAUUAGCAUUAUUCUUGGAGGAGGAGUUAAUUGAGUGUUGGAUUGAAGAGGGGUUUAUAUAUAAAGAAGGGGAAACUAGGGACACAAUGAAUUGUGAGGGUCUUCUUUUGCUCGAGAAGCUGGUUGACAAUUGCUUGUUGGGAUUUGUUAAAGAUAAAUACAAGAAAGAUUGUGUGAGUAUGCAUGAUCUUUUCCGAGAAAUGGCAUUGGAUAUUAGGCCUCAAUUUUUGGUGAAAGCUGGCAUUGCCUUAGAAAAGGUACCAGAGGAGCAUGAAUGGGGAGAAGAUCUUUUGAAGAUAUCUUUAAUGAGGAAUAACAUAACAGAAAUUCCUUCAAGCAUGUCGUCUCCGAAGUGUCCUAUGCUCACAACCUUGCUGUUGUCCAAUAACAAGAUUUCAACAAUUCCAGAAGCUUUUUUUGAGCAUAUGCUUGGGCUCAAGAUUCUUGAUCUUUCCUGGAAUAGGGAGCUAAGUAGGCUGCCGAGUUCUGUUUCCAAAUUGGAGAAGCGCUGAAUGGUUGUAAUUCCUUAAGAGAGGUACCAUCUUUAUCUGACCUUGUAGGCUUGAAAAAGUUGAACCUUUCCGUAACAUCAAUUGAAGAACUACCCCAAGGCCUCAACACGUUAACAAAUCUAAAAUAUCUUG